AUGGCCACACCAGCCCUCUUAUCACACCCUGGUCCCGACCAUCAAAUCUCAGUGAAAGUUCUUUACCUCGAGUAUCAACGUCGCUUCAAGCUGCCACUGAAAGACCUUCAGGCUCAGGUGUUCCCCCAGAAGCUUCGCUUGCUCCUCGGUAUCCCGGCAAAUGUCAACGUCAUCUUCGAACGCUAUUCCGACAGCGCUGCCAGUUACAUCCUCCUAGACGAAGCGAACCCAUCCGUCUACAAACAGCUUUACCGUGCUGCCAAAGCGAAGUCGAAGCUUCGUAUCAAGGCCACUGUUGUCGAUCCGUUAACCUCUGCUCCCUCAGCAAUCUCUUUAACCCCGUCGUCCAACCAGAGUCCUUCAAGGCAUAGCUAUCUAGAGACUGUCCUUAGCUCCACAGCACCCAUGGAUCAACUCGACAGCCUGGAAAAUACGCCUGAGCUGGCUACAACCUCCGUCGAGGUAGAUGCUAUUCCAACCCAGUCCACCGAGGUGGCUAACUCACCUCGCUAUCGCCCGUUCGAGGAGGAGGACAAGGCUCUAUUCCCAACCAUCUCUCACAGCUCUCCCAACGGCAUGUUUUGCAUUGACUGCAAUCACUGUGGUCGCUCCAUUGCCAACGAGCACUAUCACUGCAGUGUUUGUGAAUUUGGUGACUACGACUUGUGUCCAAAGUGUAUUGGAGAAGGUGCAUCUUGCCGCAAUGAUGGCCACUGGCUGAUCAAGCGCACGGUGGUCGACGGCAUCGUGACGAACAGCACGACUGAGAGAAUUCCUCCUCGUCGUCCCUUGCCCCGGGAGCUUCAGGAUGACAAUGCGGGACAGGAAAAGCAGGAUUUGCAGCCGAAAGUUGCCAUAUGCCCAGCUAAACCUUCCACUGCACCCGAAAAUGUUGCAGAGGUGAAAGCGGCUUCACCAGCUGAGCAGCCUGUCUGUAAUGGAUGUUGUCGCGAUGUGGAGGAAAGCAACCUCGUGCGUUGCAAUGACUGCGAAGACUAUGACCUGUGUCUUCGUUGCCUGCUCCGCAACAAGCAUGGCCACCAUCCUGCUCAUAACUUCUCCAUGGGUAGUGGUCGUAAUAUCUGCCUGCAGAAUUUGAUUCUCGCUCGCUGCCUUCCUGGCCGUCAAUUCAAGCACGCAGCUCUCUGUGAUGGUUGUGACAAGCCUAUCAUCGGUACUCGCCACAAGUGCCUUUCAUGCCCUGAUUGGGAUUACUGCUCCAACUGUGUCCUGCAGGCUGACCUGAUCCAUCCUCGCCACCGCUUCGCUCCAAUUUACGGGGCUCUUGGAGACCAGCCUCGUGACACUGAAGUUCAUUUUGGCGUCUACUGCGAUGGACCUCUGUGCAAGAACAAACCUUGUCAAAGCUACAUCACUGGCGUCAGAUACAAGUGUGCCAUUUGUGAUGACCUGGACUUUUGUGCCAACUGUGAAGCCCACCCCACUAACCAACACAACCUCACUCAUCCGCUCGUCAAGCUCAAGACUCAUGUGCGCACGGUGUCUGUUAGCACCAUCACCGACUACGGUUCGGUGGCAGGUGAAGCUACUUUGAAAGACCAGCUUCGUGCUCCUGAAAAUCCUUCCGUGGCCGCGUCGAAGGAUCUUGUGGAGAAGGAAUUGUCCCUUCCAGAACAGACACCGGUAGAGGUGGAGGCCAGCAAGCCCGAGCCAACUUCAACAUCGUGCCUGGUUGAAACUUCGCCCGCUGGAACUCUGGAGGCGCCUGAGGAUCACGACGAGCCCGAGGCGUUCAAGGCUCACUUUGUUCGCGACACCAUCACUGAUGGUACGAAACUGCCUCCUGACACCACUUUCCGUCAGACUUGGACUCUGAUCAACGCCGGCCGCCUUGCAUGGCCCAUCGGUACUGACGUGCGCUUCGUUGGUGGAGAUACCAUGUUUAACGUUGACUCCAGCCACCCCUCGAGCGUUGAAUCCAUCCGUGGUGCCAUGGAAAGCACGAAGCUCACCGCCGCCGUUGAGCCUGGUCAGUGCGCUGAUUUCAGUGUGACUCUUCGCACCCCUCAACGCGAGGGCACUGCCAUUUCUUAUUGGCGCAUGAAGCUGCCCAAUGGCAUGCCAAUUGGACACCGCCUGUGGUGCGAUGUCCAGGUGCAAGCCGCCGUGUCUCCCUCUGCACCCGUGGGCCGUGAAGUCGCUGAGCCGGAGGUCCCUGCCGCACCCUCUGAGCCUGCUGGCAGCGGCAUGAUCUUUCCCAAAUUGGAGAAGGAGUCUCCAGAAGCGAGUUUCCACGAAGCAGUAGACACCUCUCACUUGGUGACAACUUCGUCGGCUGCUUCGGAGAAAGAUCUUCUGGAUGACGUGGAAAGCCUGACCCUUGAUGAAGCCUCUACUGAUGCCGGCUUCCUGACCGAUGAGGAGUACGAUGUUCUUGAUGCGAGCGACCACGACUUUGCGGAGGCGAAGCAGUCGAUCCACUAG